GCAUCAGCAGUGUGGGACUACUCUGGAUAACAGAUGCAUAGAGAGCGGAUACUUCUCUGUUUGUUUUGGGUUUUUAUAUUGCCAAUUUCACAGUGAGGAAAAAACACUGUGCUGCAGCCUCUCUCUUCCUCUCCAAAGGAAAAAAACCCCCAAGUCUGAGAGGCGGAACACACGAUGCAAAAGAAUUCCCUGGCCGGAGACCGCCAGAGGGACAGUGUAUCAGAUGAUUUGUCAGACUCUCCAGAGCUGGGGCCCGUCUCCUAUAUGGAAACCUUUCUGGUCCGGAGGCUGUCCUGUCGCACCAUCCAGCUGCCCCCUCUGGCCUUCAGGCAGGCUGAGCAGUACUACUGCAACUACAAACCUGAACCAGACACGGUCAUGUUCCCACCACGACCGACCACACUGGCUCUACGCACCCCGCCACUCAUUGCCAUCACCUCCGCUGACACCAGCAGGUGAGAAGUGUGUGUAUGUUUGUUUGUUCCCUUGUUAGUUUUGAUCAAAUGCAAUGAAUGUUUAAACUGUCGGGCUGAAUGGGAAGAGUGCUUCGUCGUUUUGGAUGAGCAACAGUUAUA